AUGGCCACCCUGAGCAAACAAGUCUCCGAACUUCAGGAGUUUGGCACCUCUGCCCAAAAGGACAUGGCCCAACUUCAAGGCGCAAUCCAUCCUGCUUCUCCUGCUGCCCCUGUGUACGACCCCGCUUCUUCUGCUGCCCCUGUGUACGACCCCGCUUCUUCUGCUGCCCCUGUGUACGACCCCGCUUCUUCUGCUGCCCCUGUGUACGGUCCCGCUCCUCCUGCUGCCCCUGUGUACGGUCCCGCUCCUCCUGCUGCCCCUGUGCACGCUCCUGCUCCUCCUGCUGCAUCUGUGUACGGUCCCGCUCCUCCUGCUGCCACUGUGUACGGCUCCGCUCCUCCUGCUGCCCCUGUGUACGGCUCCGCUCCUCCUGCUGCCCCUAUGUACGGCCCCACUCCUCCUUCUGCCCCUGUAUACCGCCCCACUCCUCCUGCUUCCCCUCUGUACGGUCCCGCUCCUCCUGCUGCCCCUGUAUACGGCCCCACUCCUCCUGCUGCCCCUCUGUACGGUCCCGCUCCUCCUGCUGCCCCUGUGUACUGUCCCACUUCCCCUGGAGCUGCCCCUGUCCCCGCUCCUCCUGCUGCCCCUCUGUACAGCCUCGCUCCUCCUGGUGCACCUGUGUACAGUCCCGCUCCUCCUGCUGUCCCUGUGUACAGCCCCGCUCCUCCUGCUGCCCCUGUUUAUGGCCCCGCUCCUCCUGCUGCCCCUCUGUAUGGUCCCGCUCCUCCUGCUGCCCCUGUUUACAGUCUUGCUCCUCCUGCUGCCCCUCUGUACGGUCCCACUCCUCCUGCUGCCCCUGUGUACAGUCUCGCUCCUUCCGCUGCCCCUCUGCACAGUCCCGCUCCUCCUGCUGCCCCUGUGUACGGCUCCGCUCCAACUGCUGCCCCUGUGUACGGUCCCACUCUUCCUGCUGCCCCUGUGUACGGUCCUGCUCUUCCUGCUGCCCCCGUGUACGGCUCCACUCCUCCUGCUGCCCCUCUGUACAGUCCAGCUCCUCCUGCUGCCCCUGUGUACAGUCCCGCUCCUCCUGCUGCCCCUGUGUACAGUCCCGCUCCUCCUGCUGCCCCUGUGUACGGUCCCGCUCCUCCUGCUGCCCCUGUGUACAGUCCCGCUCCUCCUGCUGCCCCUGUGUACAGUCUCACUCCUCCUGCUGCCCCUGUGUACAGUCUCACUCCUCCUGCUGCCCCUGUGUACAGUCCCGCUCCUCCUGCUGCCCCUGUGUACAGUCUCACUCCUCCUGCUGCCCCUGUGUACAGUCUCACUCCUCCUGCUGCCCCUGUGUACAGUCUCACUUCUCCUGCUGCCCCUGUGUACAGCCCCGCUCCUCCUGCUGCCCCUCUGUACAGUCCCGCUCCUCCUGCUGCCCCUGUGAACAGUCCCGCUCCUCCUGCUGCUCCUGUGUACAGUCCCGCUCCUCCUACUGUUCCUAUGUACGGUCCCUCUCCUCCGGCUGCCCCUGUGUACAGUCCCGCUCCUCCUGCUGCCCCUGUGUACAGUCCCGCUCCUCCUACUGCCCCUAUGUACGGUCCCGCUCCUCCUGCUGCCCCUGUGUACAGUCCCGCUCCUCCUGCUGCCCCUGUGUACAGUCUCACUCCUCCUGCUGCCCCUGUGUACAGUCUCACUCCUCCUGCUGCCCCUGUGUACAGUCCCGCUCCUCCUGCUGCCCCUGUGUACAGUCUCACUCCUCCUGCUGCCCCUGUGUACAGUCUCGCUCCUCCUGCUGCUCCCAUGCAUGGCUCCGCUCCUCCUGCUGCCCCUCUGUACAGUCCCGCUCUUCCUGCUGCCCCCGUGUAUGGUCUCGCUCUUCCUGCUGCCCCCGUGUACUGUCCCGCUCUUUCUGCUGCCCCCGUGUAUGGUCCUGCUCCUCCUGCGGCCCCUGUGUACUGUACCACUCCAUAA